GUAAGUUCCGAGAAGCCGCUCACAAUACAUGUAAUCUCAAACUUCAAAUCGAAGCAUGGAAAACUCCUAUUCCAGUUGUCUUUCAUAAUUUUCGGGGCUAUGACUCUUACUUGGUUUGCGAAUCUGUUGGAAAAUCAGUUAAUGCAAAUCAAAUCAAGGUUGUAGCUAAAUAUUUGAGUGAUACAAGUCUAUGA